GGUUGAUAUGCGACACCCAGGAUCCGCACUCGCAGACUACUGAAGCUACACGUUGAAUUUCCGAGCUAUGUCGCAAAGCCUAUCGCUCAAGGUGCCCUGUCUCCACGUCUCCGCCUUUUACGUUGCAGAAGUGCGUUUACCCACAUAGGCAGUGCAUAGACAGUGCUGUAUAGUGCUAUAGUGAUUAGUGUUUAGUGAUAGUGUUCCCAUUCCAAACCGCCGGGUCUGACGCGUUGAUCGGACCCCUCUUGGUCGAACGCCACGGACGGGCUGGAGACUUCUUCUCCUUCUCCUAAUCACACAAUCGAGACCAUAGCCUGAUCCGUGCGGGGCGAUGGAAAACCCCCGAGUCGGGCUGCUGGCUACUGACCGCGACGGCAAGGUGUUCAUCGUGACAUGCCCGGAUCUGGCGCUGCAUUGCGUCGUGAGCGGCAACGGGCUCGGCGCGGAGCUAAGAACCGCGCCGCCGGGCCUUGACAACCUCAGGUUCACCGGGCUCCGCAUCUACCCCGACCUCAGCGCCGACUACAACCCCCACCGCACCCUGCUUGAUCUGCGGGUGUGCCACUUCUACCGCCUCUACGGUGGCCCCCCUCGUGUACAGAGGCGCUUCGCGGGCAAUGUCUUCAUGGAGUCGGGCGGGGGCGCCGUCGUCUGGAAGACGUACAUCAACAGCAGUUGUGGUCUCCCGGAUGCCGCGCCCGACGCGGACACGCUGCGUGGGGUGGUGCUUGUGCUAGACAACACCUUCUCGCAGAUCACCAUCGCCGACAUGAAGCGGCCGGCCUUCGAGACAUUCGUGUUCGCGAGCAUGUGGACGAAGAAGGUGAGUAGUUCUGCGGGCUGGUCAAGGCCAUUGGUCGACUGCGGGAGCUUUGCUGCAUCAUGCCUACUGGCUUGCCGGCGGAGCGCGACCGGGCGGCGACCAAAGCUCAGCUGUUGGCCAUAGCCCAGUAGACUUUUAUGUAGUGUGACAACCUCAAGUGGUGCGAAUGGGGCUCUGGGUUGGGAUGGGUUGCAUACUCCUUGCGUUGCGUGGGGCCGUGGGAUGGCAAAGGGACCAAAUGGAGCGGUCUGGUGUGCCGGUGCUUUCUCUGCCCCCCCCCCCCGGCGCUGCCGGGUCAGCCGCGUGCUUUUUCUACAUUUUUUCUACACAGGCCGUCGGAGCCAAUUCGCUGUUCUACACAGGCCGUCGGAGCCAAUUCAGCAGCGAAUUUUCCGGGGGUGUCAGUGCCAGUCAAUGACUCGCCACACUUGUCGCCAACUUGUCACCAACUUGUACGUCUGCACCACACACCCCCCCCGCGCUUCCAUCUGCGCGCAGCACCUAUAUGAGUCACUGCUCGACCGCAACCGCGCUGCUCGUGAGGCUGCUGCCAAGGCCGCGACCGUCGCUGCUGCCAAGGCUGCCAAGGCCGCACACCUCGCAGGCCUCGCGUCAGCAGCGUCGCUGGAGGCCGCGGCUGAAUCGCCGGACUCUGCAUCAGCAGCGGCGGAUCGCGCUACCGCAGCGGCGACCGAUGCGCGCGCGGUUGCCGCUGAUGCGGCCGCUGACGCUGCUGCGGCCGCCCGCGCGAUGGACGACAUGCUGUGGGUUGCACCGAGCGGGGCACGUGCGGCAACGUCAGCGUCAGUGGCGGCGGCGGCGCAUGCGAGAGGAGCUGCAGCAGCGGCGAUGGCGCGCCGGGCGGCGGCGAUGCGCCGGCUGGUGGCGCGUCGGGCGGUGGCGCGCCAGGCGGCAGCGGCAGCAGCAGCGCAAGGGCGGCAGCCUCAGCAGCGGCAGCAGCAGCCUCAGCAGCGGCGGUGGCACGCGUAUGCUUGCUCUGGGCGCGGCGUGCAUGCCCGGUGCUGACGGCUGGGGCCUGCUCUGACCCCGCCGCUGUACAACAGCAGGCGGUGGCGCAGCUGUCUGCCGCGGAGGCGGCUGCAAGGAGCGAGGACUGGGCGCGGGCAAUGGAUGCCGUGGAGGAGGUCCGGCAGCUGCUCGACAGCAGCUUGCUGGCACCGGAAGCUGCCGGCCUGGCAGCCGCUGCCGCGGUGUGCCGGACCUCAGCGGCCCUACGCACGGCAGCGACACAGACAGCUGAACUCGCUGCUAUUGCGGAGGCGCACGCCGAGUGGCUGGAGUCACGGAGCACUGUGCCUGCGUGACACCGGGCCGAGCGCCGACCCGGACAACGCGGCCCAUGCCGAUGCGCUAACCCAGGCUGCGGCGCUCGCGCGGGCGGCCGGCGCCGAGGCGCGAGGCCGGGCGUCCGCUGCCAACCAGGCAGUAGCUAAGGUGGAGUCUGUCGAGGAUAGCGCGCGGAGGGGAGCGGCGAUGGCGGCGACAGAGGGUGCGCGGCUGCGGGAGGCAUGGUUGGAAGCGCGCCGAGGUGACGAUGGCUGGAACACACCAGACUCGCGCUCACGUGAGACGCAAGUUGUGGCCAUUGCAGCCAAUGUUCGCGCGUGCCUGGAGGACGCUGCUGCGCUGGCGGAGGACGCAGCGAAGGCUGCUGCGGCGGUAAUGGCCGAGUUCGACCGGGAGUUGCCGCUGCCGGAUAUUAAACUCCUGGAACUUCAGCUGCUGCCGCCCAACGGGCAGGCGGCGUGGGUGACGGGGGUCAAUGUCCGUGACUCUGUGCAGGACCCCGCCGCCGCUCGUGCAUGGUACAAGGCCACCGUACCCGCAGAGACACAGCAGCACGCCAGCAAGCUGCUCUCGGCUCGCGAUCUGCAGUUCUUGGAGGAGAGCUUUCCGCUGGUGGAGCUGAUUAUGUGGCUCGAUGGAGCGCCCGUGUCCACAGCAGAGCGCGCGGCAAGGGAUGCAAUGCACGCCCGCCUGAUGGACAAGGAAACGCGUGCCUACAUCACGGAGCAUGUGCACCUGGACAAGUUAGGGUUCUUGCCCAUUUUUUCGGGUGGCCGUGCCAAAAUCGCCAUGCAACAGUACAACAGCUGGUGCGCUGACGCGCUCAAGGCGGCAGAGGCGGCGGCCGCGCAGCAGCGGGCGACGGCAGAGGUGGCGGCCGCGCAGCAGCGGGCGGCAGCGGCGAGGCCAACGUGUCAGCAUUCCAGGCGCAACUCUGCGGGUGCCGGCGCACCUGCGCGCCCCCAGCCACGGCAGCCGGUGCGCACUGCUGCGGGUGCAACCCCCUCCCCUCACAACCGGCCGCCGGAGCCGGCAGUGAAGCGGCAGCGGCGCAAUGCCGCCCGUGGCCCCGCGGAAGGCGUGCAAACGGAGUCGGACUGCGGACAGCGGACCGCGGAGGUAACCAUUGACCCUGCAAGCGACAGUGAAUGAUGGGCCACGCACGACGUCGGCACACCCAGCUGUCAGCGGAUGGGGGAUGACAGAAAAGUGCAACAACACAGUCCCAAUGGCGGCGGGGGGGUAGAGGAAGUGGGGUGUUCAGUGUGUGUCAGCUAUCAGCUUCGUCAGAUGAUGUGUUCUGCGGGAAUGUAGCAGGCGAGUUGUAGCAGGCCGUAGCAGCAGCAGGAUGGGGUACCGGUAAGCAGUAGCCCGGGGGCUGGAGAAGGACAUCUCGUGUCCGGUUGUGGCAUGUGUAGGUGCUGCCGUACUGCUGCUGUACGUGUAGGUGCUAAUUGAACGAGCUGCUAUCGAACGCAUUCGUUCCUUUGCGUGUGUUCGUUGUUGGCACAAGGCAUGGCGGUAGGGCAGGAGGAAAGAACAUGCGUGCCCAAUACCGGUAGUAGGAGUGUGGCGGGGAGGAACGAAAGAGAAGAGCAUGUGCCGUACUGCCGAAUGGUCGUCAAGGAAGCUAGCUUUGGUGGUAAAUAGCAAAAAAUAGUUCUGAUGCUUUGCACGGUUUUUAGCAGUUGGUAAUAGUUGCUGCCGCCGUAUUCAUAAGGAUUCUUGAUUGCCGGCUUGCGUGGUGCAAGGUGCUGGAAUGUUCUCCAUAUACGUCCUGGGUUCGUUACCCCCGUGCUCGCUUUUAGGGAACUACUGUAACG